UAGAGAGAACAGGGACUGGAGGGAGAAACAGAAAAGAGGAGGGGGAGAGAGCUCCUGGGUUGCUGCUGCUGCUGCCGCUGCUGCUGCGAGAGGCUGUUUCUUUACUCUCCCUGGCAGGCUCUCCUGCUGCCUGGGAAAGUGGGUUACAGAGGGAAGGAGCUCAGCCCAGACGCUGGCAGAGAAGCAGCCAGCUACAGAGAGUCUAAGGAAGCACCCCUGCCAUUGACAGUCGCCUCCUCAUCAUUAAAGCAUUUUAUAUUUGCACUAGUCCUUCGGAAAAUUUGUUCCUCCACUUUCUCUCCCACUCCUGCUUGGAUUUGAUGAGGGCUUUGUUAAAUCUCAGAGGGGAAAGAGACUGAGCGAGGGAAAGAGCGAGGCAAAGUGGAAGGGAGUGCGCGCUGGACCCGCCCGAGCAGCCUUGGCAGUGGCUGCGAGCCCCGCGCGCUAGAGCCCCUCUCCGUGGCCAGCAGCGCGCACACGCGAGUCCACCGCGGACAAACUCGCCGAGGCCACCAUGGUCGGGAGAGUUCAGCCCGAUCGGAAACAGUUGCCGCUGGUCCUACUGAGACUGCUCUGCCUUCUUCCCACAGGACUGCCCGUUCGCAGCGUGGAUUUUAACCGAGGCACGGACAACAUCACCGUGAGGCAGGGGGACACGGCCAUCCUCAGGUGUGUGGUAGAAGACAAGAACUCGAAAGUGGCCUGGUUGAAUCGCUCUGGCAUCAUCUUCGCUGGACAUGACAAGUGGUCUCUGGACCCUCGGGUUGAGCUGGAGAAACGCCAUGCUCUGGAAUACAGCCUCCGAAUCCAGAAGGUGGAUGUCUAUGAUGAAGGAUCCUACACAUGCUCAGUUCAGACACAGCAUGAGCCCAAGACCUCCCAAGUUUACUUGAUCGUACAAGUUCCACCAAAGAUCUCCAACAUCUCCUCGGAUGUCACUGUGAAUGAGGGCAGCAAUGUAACCCUGGUCUGCAUGGCCAAUGGGCGCCCUGAACCUGUUAUCACCUGGAGACACCUUACACCACUUGGAAGAGAAUUUGAAGGAGAAGAAGAAUAUCUGGAGAUCCUAGGCAUCACCAGGGAACAGUCAGGCAAAUAUGAGUGCAAGGCUGCCAACGAGGUCUCCUCGGCGGAUGUCAAACAAGUCAAGGUCACUGUGAACUAUCCACCCACUAUUACGGAGUCUAAGAGCAACGAAGCCACCACAGGACGACAAGCUUCCCUCAAAUGUGAGGCCUCAGCUGUGCCUGCACCUGACUUUGAGUGGUACCGGGAUGACACCAGGAUAAACAGUGCAAAUGGCCUUGAGAUUAAGAGCACUGAGGGCCAGUCCUCUCUGACAGUGACCAAUGUCACUGAGGAACACUAUGGCAACUAUACCUGCGUGGCUGCCAACAAGCUCGGCGUCACCAAUGCCAGCCUAGUCCUUUUCAGACCCGGGUCGGUGAGAGGAAUCAACGGAUCCAUCAGUCUGGCCGUACCACUGUGGCUGCUGGCAGCGUCCCUGUUCUGCCUUCUCAGCAAAUGUUAAUAGAAUAAAAAUUUAAAAAAAUAAUUACAAAAACACACAAAAAUGCGUCACACAGAUACAGAGAGAAAAAGAGAGUGCAAGAUGGGGAGGGGGGAGACUAUUGUUUCACAAGAUUGUGUGUUUAUAAAUGAAGGGGGAAUAUGAAAAAAUGAAGAAAAUACAAAACUAAAAGCAGUUUUAAGAUCCUUCAAUAAAAAAAAAAUCUGAGCAUAAUCUAGGGUGGGAAAACCUCUCCCAGAAUAUGUGUUUAUCUUCUAAGAAAACGACUGCUGUGUAGAGGUUCCAUCACGCUAAGGACAUCUGAUGUUGUACAAAUGAGACUAUUCAAGAAGUACCAGAUGGAUGUUAACUCCCCCCACACUUUAUUCUUCCUUCAUCCGUUUUCAUCUGUGGGGAAAAAAGAAGGUCUUGCCUUUGGUGUUUAUAUUUCCAUAAUCUUUUUAUUCUGUUUUUCAUUUGAGCUGAUGUGUAGACAUUUUGGACUAUCGACGGAAACCUGUGUUGAGCCUUUCUCAGGCUCCCCUGCCUCGAUCAUCUCUCUAACUUUUAAGAGCAUCCCCCUUUUGCCUCCAAUGUGUUCUAUCCCCAGCACACCCAUUCCAAAUAUUCCCUUUUUCUCUACACCCCACCCCCACCCCGCUUUGCCCCAGCAACCCAGAACACUAGUCAGGCCGCCAACGCUAGAAGUACCAUUUUCAUCUUCUCCGCUGUGUGCGUGUGCUCAAGUGUCUCGCUCUCACGUAGAUGUACAUGUGUGUGAGCGUGUAUGUGUCCUUCUCUAAAGCAUGCCAGGGGAAUGGUCCAUGUGUACAUAGACCCAUUGUGCUGUAGAUACUGUCCUGCACUGUACUUGUGAAGUGCGGCUGUCACAGGUUGCUGGGGAGAUGGGCUGGGUGGGAGUCAAGGAGCAGAAUCUCUCCCCAUUCGUGGCAGAUGUCACAUGACAUCAGUGUGCAUUCAAACUAGGCUGUGCUGCUCCUUCUGAGGGCAGGACCCCAUACCCCUCCUGGUCUCAUUUUCAGAACCCAGCUGGGAGUCACUCAGAAUAUCACUGUACAUGAAAGUGCCUACUAUCAAUGGGGUGAGCAGACAGGGAACAGAUCUGUCGCCUGGAUGACAUGACCUAGGGAGGAAGAUGGUCUCUGAUUUCACUCUUAGUUCACAAGCCUGGAGUAUCGAUCCAUGAGUUUCAUAGCUUUAUAAAGGCUGAGCCCCACUGCAGAGAGGAGCAGCGUGUAGUGAGCAAAUCUCCAGAAACAAGUGGGUAUCUGAAUGGUCAGCCCACCCCCAAGAGAAGGAGGAGCCCAUGGUGACCCUAAGCAGGCCUGCUUUGUCCCUUCACUAAUCUUCAAGUAACACUGCAUUUGCCCCAUAAUGCCCCUAAUUGGAGAUUGUUGACCCAAUAAAAUACUGUGAAUGAGACAUAAAAUGUAGACAGAUGCCUGAGUCUUCUAUAGAGGCUGCUAACCCUCUAAUACAAGGUAUUGGUCAUCACAAAAUAGGAAUUCCAGGCUUUGUUCUCCUUUGUGGAUUCUUAUUCUCGAGUUCAAGGCUAACACUUUAUUGGCUUCCUGCCUCACUGCUGAUGCAUGUGGCACUAUUGCCCUUCGAGGCCAGUCAGUAUCCUAAGUCAGUCCACUGAUUGCGCUCACCUUCCCUACUCUGUUUAGACUCUGUGAGAGUCCUCUUGGCACUAAACACUGAAUCCCGAGCUACUUGCUUAACCAUAAGGAAAAUCUGAGCAAUGUGUGAUGAGUCCAAGUAGAAGUGUGAGCAUUCCAAAGCCCUGUAUCAUCAUAUCGCCAGCAGUGUUGGCCUAGGGGAGGUCUUACAGGAAGGCUGCUUCUCUGCAUGUGGGUAUCUUUGCUAGGAAACCAGCCACUGCUUUCCCUUAAAACUAUACAGAAGCAUCCAAAGCGAUUCGCCUUAGGAAAGGAUGAAGGGUUAUUCCUGAGGUCAUAAUGCAGAGCCAAGGUGCAUCAAGUUUUCUAACCUUUGAAAUGGCUGUCACAUGAUACAAAAUGAAGGGAAAGAAGGAAGAAAAAAGAAAAGGGAGGAUGGAAAGAAGAAAGGAAGGAAAAAAAGGAAGGAAUAAAAGAAGGAAUCUGAGCAGUAUUUUAUAUUUCUUCUAAGGAAUUACAUCAUUUAGUUUAUAAAUAUGUCACAUCCUGUCUUCAUGGUUUGCAGUUUAGACAUGAUCCAGAGGACAGACAGGGCUCAGAAUGCAUAAAAGUAUUAUGAAAGAUCAGAUAGGAAUUCCUAUCCAAGAGGGUAGCUAGUAAAACAUAGGGAAGGUGUGCCAUAUUCCAAUAUGAUAUAUGAUAUGUUAGCAAUCAAGGAUUUCUCUAGCAUCCUAGUCCUCUUGUACAAGAACUGAAGGAUAUGUGUUUCCCACACUAAAGAGCCCUCCACAUCCUUAAGUAAAAUCUUAGAAGAGGUGCAUGCUGGCCUAGAUAGAAGGAAUAGGGAAACAGGAGUUAGUUCAGCAUCAUUUAGUAUUAGUUUCAGAAAUGGAUACCUGUGACACCCAUAGGUUUUGAGAAUGCACAUUCUUCAGGGUCCCCAUCCUAUUAUAAGGACAAGCUCUGGGUUUUGUGGGAGGAGUCUCUCCUUUGGAAGGAAUUCCUGAUCAUAUCAACAUCAUUCAUUCUUUUUGUUUUAUUAUAAUGGCCCAUAGAGCAAACAGCUAAUGAUUCUUUGAAAAUAUGAUGUUUGCCCAUAUCUCCAACAAGAUCUGAGAUUUUUAAGAAUGUCUCUUCCCCAUGGAGAAAACCUGGGUUUCCUCAUAUGCCACAUAGGUUUGAGAACGUUGCUAAGUCACAUGCAGAACUGAAGGAAUAUUCUCUGAAGCAAGAGUAGAAUCACUGUAGGGCCAGAUGACCUACACCAAAAUGUCAUACAAUUGACAGAAAAAUUCAUCAUAUUGCUGUAAAUCCUUUCAAUGAUCUCACUUGUUGGUAAUGAAAACGCAAACAAGUUAUUGAAACAAAUAAGUAGCAUGGAGUGAAGGAAUGCAUCCAUAAGCCUGGACCACUCACGGAUUUCAUAUCAUUUGUAUACAAAGUGAACGUUACACCAUUCAUAAGACAAAAUCUUUAGCCUCAGCUUUCAGUUUAAAAAGUAGAAAUUACCUUGACUCAGGGCAGGCCCCAAAGAAGAAUAGCUCUCCUGGAUUCUACAACUGCAGAAUGGUCUAUUCUCCUUGCAGUUGGUGAUCAAAACGACUUUGCCUAGUGAGAAGCAUAUUGUUCUUGUGAAAUUUAAAUUUGUUUUCUCCAUACACACACACACACACACACACACACACACACACACACACACAGCUUAUGGAAGGAUUAUUAGAAGGAUUUUUCCCUUAGCUCUUGCAUUCUCUUCCGAGUCAGACAAAUAUUUCCCCCCCUUACCAUGAACAUUUUUUUUUCUUUAACUUCAUUGACAACUGAGGCUAUUCAAAGAGACCUUAUAACAAUACUCGUGAUUUUUACGUUCUUGGAGGACCGAAACAAAAGUGUUUCUCCUCCAGAGAUGGACUUUACCUCCUCUGCCUACAGAGACUUAAACUCCUCAGCAUGAGACUGCUUUUUGAGUUCUUCUUCUCAGCCCACAGUCACAGGGUCCUCUUCGAGAUGACAACAAUGUGACAGCUUUUAUUGGCUCGUCUUCCUCAAGUUUUAACUUUGUCCUUUGCAGGCUUUGUGCAAAAAAAAAAAAAAAAAAAAUGAUCUAUGUGUGUAUGCGUUGUUUUAGAUCGUAUCUUUACAAAUGAUAUAUUUACAAUAACGUAUGUAUUAAAAGAAAAAUUUAGAACGAUGGUUUAAACUUAAAAGGAAGAGAGUUAUUGAAUUUGGUUAAUUUUUUUUUCAAAAAAAGUGCUAUGCUUCAUUUAGACAAAUGUGGAUAUCUUUUUGUCCACUUUGCUAUUAUUUGUUUAAAGGAAAUUUACUUAUGAGACCACGUGCUAUAGGGUUAACUAUGUCUUCACGGUUUUCUUUAUUCUCACAAAUUAUCAGCCUGGAUUUGGUUUUGGUUCUCCAGUAAACUGCCCGUUCUUAGAACAAUGUAAGAGCAGUGUUACAUCUGACCUAAAAAGCUAUUAAGACUCUGAAGACAAAUAAACAUACCAGAAAAAAAAAAUGAGAUAGACCCCAAGUUAAGAAACACAAACCUACUUUAGGAAAUCUCUUUCAUGCUUAAGCAUUAAAAAUGUUUCUCCUCCAGAGACUUAGUCUGCCCAAGUGAUGUAAAUUCCCCAUUAUGGUUGACAUCAUAUCUGUAAACAUCUCACUAAAUGCAAAAUGAAGUUCACAUUUACGUGCAUACCAGUGGGAAGAAAAGUAAACUGUUCUCGUUUGCGUUUAGCUAUGCUGUUCAAAUGUCACCAAUUGAACCUCAAGAAAGAAUUUGGUUUUGCCCACAAUGUAUAUCACUUUCCUCUUGGCAAGGCAGCUGGCGUUACUAUUAGGUUGAGGUUUGGCAUUCACGCCAGCGAAAUGUUUAUGGAUAUUGUAGAAAACUGAUUUCUUGUCAGUGCAUUUGCAUACUGUGCUGAUUAAUAAAUUAGGCACCAAUCAUGUGUAAAUCAA